CAACACAAUGUAGCAGAUUUCAGGAUUUGGACGUUUUAGUAGUACAAUAUUAGUAGGCAAUCCGUACCAAGUGUGACUUUCUUAGUAGAAUAUUUGGUUGCAACCCUUAGGAAGUGUGACAUUUUUGCGUGUUUUUCGUGAAAAAUUUAGGUUUGGAUACUAGUAGUUUGAAUUUGCGAAUUUGUAAAUCACUUUAAUAACUAUAAAAUCAUUAGUUUAUUUCAAAAUGUCGCGGUUGUUGACAGAUUUAAAACCUUGUCCAAUUACGCAUUUACUUGCAACGUUAAAUACAAAUACACCAUAUUUUACUCCAAGUCUGAAUCAUGUGGAGCGCCGGCAACAGAUUCAUCUUACGUCAACAUGUAGUGAAAUACGAAAAUUGGCACGGUUGCGUGUAGUAGAUAAUAGUGAAAUUGGAAAACGUGCCAUGGCAGAGGGAAAACCACCACGAUGCAUUCAUGUAUAUAAUAAGCGCUCUGUGGGUUAUAUUGGUGACAAAGUGCUUGUAGCAAUAAAAGGUCAGAUGAAGAAAGGUAUAUUGGUUGGUUUAAAGCAAAACCAGAAACUUAAGAUACCAAAAUUUGAUAGCAACAAUAUUGUGCUAAUCGAUGACAAUGGCAGCCCACUAGGAACGCGCAUUCACGUACCUGUUCCAACGGUACUUCGUACCAUGCUUAAAGAAAAAACCCAAGCGAAAGGAGCGGAUUAUACAAAGGUGCUAGCUAUAGCAAGCAGAUUUGUUUAAAAAUGUGUUAAUAAAUUGAACAAGAAAGUAGUUAAUGAACACAAAA